AUGACACUCUCCCGGAGUCCCUCGCCCGCCCCCGGCGGAGGCUGGUCCAGUCCGGGUCUCAACAUCUCCACGAGCGGUCGGUCGAGCCCAGCGACGGUCUACACGGCGGCCAAUAGCGGCAACAACAACAAGGCACUGUGGGAGUCGUCGCACACAAGAAAUAUGGGGGCCAGAGGCUACCCUGCGUUCGAGACGCAGAACCAAGGCUUCUUCCAGAGACACAUGCGCCGCAUAUCCAACAGCCUACCACGCUUCAACACGAAUACACACUACGCAGAGAAAGAGAAGCUGCAGAGGGGGAGGUGGUCGCCCGCGCCGACGCUACCUGUGUAUGGAAGGCUGAGGAGUGUCGCUGGGCGCAUCGGUCGCAGGGCAAAGCUGCGCCUGCUCUUUGUCUUCCUCCUGUUAUUCGCCAUCUGGAUUUUCUUCCAUUCUCCUUUACUAUUCUACUGGCGGCGAAAAUCAUGGCUUGGUGGUGGGGAGAAGUACGUGAUCAUAUUGGGGGCCAACGUCGGCGGGGGUGUCAUGGAGUGGAAGGGCGCGAGGGAAUGGGCGAUUGAGCGCGACAGCCUGCGCAACAAGAAGAAGUACGUUGCCAACUGGGGCUAUGAGCUAGAGGUGGUAGACAUGAGCACCAAGAAGCGCUAUGCGCACGAGUGGAGGGAGAGCUGGGAAAAGGUCGAUUUUGUCAGGAAUGCGCUCAAGAAGUACCCAAAGGCCGAGUGGGUGUGGUGGCUCGACCUCAACAGCUACAUCAUGGAACCUGGCUACUCCCUGCAGAGUCACAUGUUCAAGGAGCUGGACAAGCAUGUCUACCGGGACAUCAACGAGUACAACCCUCUCAACAUCACCCACCCGCCGACGGACAUUUACCUGGACGAGGAGAUGCGCAGCUCCGUCGGCGACGGCGACAUCAACUCGGUCAACUUCAUCCUCUCGCAGGACUGCGCAGGCUUCAACCUGGGGUCCUUCUUCGUCCGGCGCAGCGCCUGGACGGACCGCCUGCUCGACGUGUGGUGGGACCCGGUCGCCUAUGAGCAGAAGCACAUGGAGUGGGCGCACAAGGAGCAGGACGCCCUGGAACAGCUGUACCGCAAUCAGCCCUGGAUCCGCGCCCACACCGGCUUCAUCCCCCAGCGCAUGAUCAACAGCUUCCCGCCCGGCGCGUGCUCCGACGUCGGCAACAGCACCCGCGUGCACUAUAACCAGCACGAUCGCGAUUUUGUCGUCAACAUGGCGGGCUGCGAGUGGGGUCGCGACUGCUGGGGCGAGAUGUACAAUUACCGCGAGCUGAGCUACUACCUGAACCGGUCGUGGUGGGAGCGGUUCAAGGAGGACCUCGUCGCCGUGGUCAUCUACAAGAUCACGGGCAAGAAGCUCAAGCUUUGA